CGCCCGGCGCCCCGAGCAGCCCGAGCCGGGGCGCGCAGCCGGGGCGCAACCCGCGCCCCCCGCCGCGACUGACAUGAUGUUUCCACAAAGCAGGCAUUCGGGCUCCUCGCACCUCCCCCAGCAGCUCAAAUUCACCACCUCGGACUCUUGCGACCGCAUCAAAGACGAGUUCCAGCUCCUGCAGGCCCAGUACCACAGUCUGAAGCUGGAGUGUGACAAGCUGGCCAGCGAGAAGUCGGAGAUGCAGCGCCACUAUGUCAUGUACUACGAGAUGUCCUAUGGCCUGAACAUCGAGAUGCACAAGCAGGCGGAGAUCGUCAAGAGGCUGAACGGCAUCUGUGCCCAGGUCCUGCCCUACCUCUCCCAGGAGCACCAGCAGCAGGUCCUGGGGGCCAUCGAGAGGGCCAAGCAGGUCACGGCGCCCGAGCUGAAUUCCAUCAUCCGGCAGCUUCAGGCUCACCAGCUGUCGCAGCUGCAGGCCCUGGCGCUGCCCUUGACGCCCCUGCCCGUGGGGCUGCAGCCGCCGUCGCUGCCGGCCGUGAGUGCGGGCACCGGGCUGCUGUCGCUGUCGGCACUGGGCUCCCAGGCCCACCUGUCCAAGGAAGACAAGAACGGGCACGACGGCGACACCCACCAGGAGGACGACGGCGAGAAGUCCGAUUAGCGGCGGCUGCGGCGGCCGGGGACGGGGAGGGCGGGGAGGGGAAACUGAGGCACAGAGAGACAGGAACGCAGAUCACCAGACAGCUUAGCUCCGGAUUGGCGACACUGGUAGUAUUUAUGGCCACUGCCGCCGCCAGCUGCUUGCUAGCCACCCCUAGGUUUUCUCCCGCCCCCAGCCAUCCCCCCGCCCCCCCCCACUUUCUUCCCGCCUGAGGGGUGGCGGGUGGCAGGGCACCGGAUCCCGCCCGCGGGGAGCAGAGCAAACCUCCGGGACCCCGGCACCCCGCCCCCAUCUGCACAGUCGCUGACGUCUGUCCUCACGCCUGGCCUGCGGACACAGCUACAGCGCCCCGGCACUGCAUGUACUCAAUGCUACCAGCCCCUUCCCCGCCUGGGCGACCUGACUGCCCCCGCCCUGGGACCACUUCUUCCCCCACCUGCUCCAGUAGCCGGAGUCGCCCCCAAACCCACCCAGUCCUCCGCCCUCGCCCACGGAAGAAGGGGUCAAAGCCCGGCGUGGUGGCGCACACCUGUCCUCCCACCCCUCUGGGCGGCUGAGGCAGGAGGGUAUCAAGUUCCAGCCCAACCUGGGUAACCUAGUGACUUAAGCGAGACCGAGUCUCAAAAACUGCAGAAAGGGGCUGGGGGUGGAGCUCAGUGCACAGGCCCUGGGUUCGAUCCCCAGUACUGAAGGAAGAAAGAGUCUAGCCAGGACCAGCGGGGUGGGGGCGGCGCCCCAGGGAUUUCCUUCUCCCCUUCCCAAAUAAAGAUGAGGGUACUAAAGCUGUCUUGGUUUUUAUUUUAUUAUUUCGGGGUGUGUUUUUUUUCCUGUAAUGAUAGCUUGUCUUCUAAGAAAGGAGAUAUAUUUAAAACAAUUUUUUUAAGCACCCCUGCCCCCAGCUGUUUCUCUGUAGUCAGCUCCGUUUUUCUGUCUCUGAUCUCGGGAGAAGGUGGGAAGCUGUGUGUACUGAGGCUGGGCUAGCUGUGCCUUUCAAAUAAAGACAUGAGAAGGUU